UCGGGGAAGGGCGAAGACGAACCACCAGAAGCUCGAGCCGCCGGGCCUCGAGACCAGACAGCAGUAACCCGAUGCCAGCAGCUAACCCGAUGCUUGUCACCCUUCUCGCCCUCAACUCUGCAGCCAGCAGCGCAGCGCUCGCGCCCAAGCCGCCGACCCGCCGCGGCGUGCUUGCUGCGGCUGGAUCGGUCGCAGCGGGAGUCAAAGCUGCCAGCGCCCCCUCUGAGCCUCAGUCCAAUUCGAAGCCUUGGGUGGCGGAUGCAAGGAUCGGUGCGGACGAGCAGUACGCGGGCAGCCUGCCCUACGAUCCGUGGGCGCACUCGUCGCUCUUUGGCCUCGUGCCGCCCCCCGUGGCCGGUACUUGGUCGCACCAGGAGCUCGUCGAUGCCGCGCGUGGCGGAGGGGUGGCUUCGGUGCAGAUUGCGCCUCAGCACGACGUGGUCAUCGCAGUCUCGACGAGCGGUCGGCGGUACGCCACGCCCAUGCUCGAUGACGACUUCCCCACGCUGCUGCUCGAGACGACUCGUCCAGACGGCUCCUACCCCUUCGCAGUCCUUCCGAUGGACGAGUCUCGUGCGGCGCUGCGCAGCGCCGCCGGCACGGCUCUGCGUCGCUCCUGCUGUGGCUGGCGGACUUGGCCGGACUGCUUCCCUGGGACACCACCCCGUACGCCUCCCUCGAGCAGCGAGAGAAGGCGCAGCGCGAGCGCGCAGAGGGCGCACGGCCGCCGCGCAAGUCUCUCGGGCAGCUUCUCUCCCGCCUCCUCGCCGCCCGCGGCAGCACAAAGCAGGCGAGCUGGAGGGGGGGGGAGGCAGGAGGAGGAGGCCGCGGCGCGCGAUCCCUUGCACGAGCCGUGCGCGCGAGCCGAUGUCGGACGAGUUGCGCCGCGCGUUUGGGAUGGCGAGCGAGCUGGGGGCUCGCGCCAAGGCGACUGCCGAGCGGCUCGAGCCCGCGGCGGCGGCCGAGGUGCGAGCGCAGGCCGUCGAGCUGCGCGAGCGGGCGGCCAAACUGCGCUUCCGUGCCAAGCUGGCCGCGCGCCGGCUGCAGCGAGAGUACGAGCCCGCAUGGGUAACGCCGCUCACGGCGGGCGGGGAGCUUCCCCGGCUCGAGCAGCUGCUGCGCCCCUUCCGCGUCUGGACGGACGGCGAGUGGGCGCAGUACAUCCAGCUCUCUCCGCUCGCGGGCACUUCAGCAUGCCGCCGCUGGCACGGUGCGGCGCCGUUUCCGGGACGAGAUGGGCGUUUGGCGGCUCAGCGCGCCCUUCUCGCGCUUCUACGGCCAGCCGGUGUACAUCCUCCGCCGUUGCAUCGCUUGAUGGCCGAGGUUUAGCUGGACGGAGUUGGCGGCGUGCCCGAGCGCACCCAUGUAGAAGUUGGGCGCGCAGCCGCCGGCGCCCCACCACCGCAUGUGCAUGUCGUCAUUUUUCGGUGUCUAGGGCUGCAUGUUGUUCACUCUUCUUUUGUUCGAUUCUUUUGUGUUUGCACGCUCGUGUGGGGUGGACGUGUGUUUUGCGUGCGGUGCCUCUGUUUGUGCUAUUUUGAUAACCACGUGUCACGCGUGUUUCCGGGGGCACGUCUUGUUUCCUGUUUAUAAUUACGUUCCUUCGCGUAAAUUUGCC